GUUUCUUUCGAGCUUGUUGGCCAGUUUCUCGCGGUACUCCGGCCAACGUCCUCUGAAGACUGGACGGAGUUCUGCAUCCAAAAAGGCCGUGAUAUCCUCCGCAGUUUGCUUGUCCUCGAUCUCAUUGUGCAGAUCCCAGUGUUCGAUAUUAGUGCCCUCCCGACAGAGCAUGCGAGAGAUGUCAGGACUGGGUCGGGUGGUGAUCAGGAUACGGAAGUUGGCAGGAAGUUUGAACCACAUUGUUCCAACCCGUCAACGACGAUCAACAUCGGCCCAAAAUACACGGGCGCGUUCUCGGAACCAGUGGCAGGCAGAAACAUGAAUUUGUCGAACUGCUCCUGAAGAGACGCGGUGCGUUGUAUCGCUCGGACCCCGACGGUCCUCGAGAGCGAAUUCCUCCAAGCUGUGUCGAAGUCCG